CCAUCAUUAAUUCUUCCAUCUUAAUUCAAACAAACCCAGAAAACCAAAUUGAUCAUCAAAUCCAUGGCUUCUCUCAAAUUCCCCGUCUUUCUCUUCCUCUCUUCUCUUUUACUCCACGCUUCUCUGGCCGAGAUUAUUUGCGAAGAUUUGCCCAAAGAUGUGUGCGCGUUUUCGAUAGCAUCGUCUGGGAAGAGAUGUUUGUUGGAAACGGCGAUGGGGAAAGAGGGAAAGGUAGAGUAUCAGUGCCGGACAUCGGAGGUGGUCGUCGAAAGAAUGGCGGAGUACAUAGAGACUGAUCAAUGUGUUGCCGCUUGUGGGGCCGAUAGAAACUCCAUCGGCAUUUCAUCCGACGCACUCCUCGACUCACAAUUCACUGCCAAGCUUUGUUCCACUGCUUGCUACCAGAAGUGCCCCAACAUUGUUGACCUUUACUUCAAUUUGGCCGCCGCUGAAGGAGUGUUUUUGCCUGAUCUUUGUAACGCUCGGCGCUCCAACCCUCGGCGGAGCAUGGUGGAGCUUAUAGCGAGCUCUGGCGCUGCAGCUGGCCCUGUUUCCAGUCAAGCAGCAGCUUCAUCUGCCGUCGAAGCCCCUGCCCCAUCUCCCUUUUGAUGAUCCAAGUUGCUUUUCUUUUUUCCAACAAUUGUGAUUUCCUCGGAAUUAUGUUACUUCGAGAUGUAGAUGAACACUUUAGAGAGAUCUUUACUUUAGAAUUUCAGUGUAUGCUUAUAUGAUUUGAUUUUCAAUUUUUUAAUAAAAAAGACUCACACGUCUUCUAUUUAUCAUCAA